AUGAAUAAUAUGAAUAACCAUGUCGAUAAUAAUUUAGUUGUAUAUAAAAGAGGCAAUAAUAUAAAGCAGGUUUAUUGUAGUUUAGAACCCCUUAGCUCUCCUUAUAAAUAUAUAAAAACAAAUAUUGGCACAAGAAACAUUAAUAAUAAUAAUUAUAAUAAUAAUAAUGAAGAUUUUAUAAAUUUUGAUAUUGAUAUAAUACCCUCAAAUACUUCUUCAAAUACUUCUUCAAAUACUUCAAAUAGAAAUAUAGAUUUAAAUAAAACAGCAUCUCAAAACAAAACUCAACCCUUAUCAAGUAAAUACCUUUAUAAAGAUUUUAGAAAAAAAUUAUGUACCAUUUCGGUUGAAAACUUAACUAUUGAUGAUGAUGAUGAUGAAGAUGGAGAUAAUGGUGGUGAAGAGGUCUAUCAACAACAAGAACAAAUAAAUGAAACCGUACCAAUUAGUGAUGAUGGAUUUAAUGAAGAUGACGAUGAAAUAGAUUUCACUGUUUUACCCCCAAUUAGAAAAAGUGGUAGUAUCAAAACAAGAGAAACUAUUGAUCUAGAAUUUGUCAAAAGGGUUAACGAAAACAAUAAGCCUAAACUACAAUUAAGUUCAUAUCAAACAGAGUAUAUAUUAAACAAACUUGAAAAAGAAAGAGAAAUUAGAGUGGCCACAGAAGUUGAUAGAAUCAAAAGAGAAAUGGAGGAAAAGUUCAAAAAAGUAAGGGAAAGAUGCGAAAGAAAUAGAGUGGAAGAGAUGAACGAAUUUAGAAAAGAACAAAAUGAGUUCUAUACUAAUUUGGAAAGAGAAUAUAAAGUUUCUAGAAAAAAAUUUGUAAAUUUAAUGGCUGAAAGAAAGAAACAAUUUAAAAAAGAGAUCGAGGAAUCAAGAGAAAUAAUCAUCAGAGUAAACUAUGGUGAUCUUUUGGUUAAGGAAAGAGCAGAAGUCGCCAAGGUAAAAAAGAAAGAAGAAGAAGAGAGAGAAGCUGAAAGAAGAAAUCAAGAAAUCAAAAAGAAGGAGCAAGAAGAGGCUGAAAGACAACGUCAAGAGAGAAAAAAGAAAGAAAAAGAAGAAGCUGAAAGACAACGUCAAGAGAGAAUAAAGAGAGAAAAAGAAGAAGAAAAGAAAAGAAUUCAAGAUGAAAUAGAACAAAAAAGACAACAAGAGAUUCAAUUGCAACAGAAAAGAGAUGAAGAGGAAAAAGCAAAACAACUACAACAACAACAACAACAACAACAACAACAACAACAACAACAACAACAACAACAACAACAACAACAACAACAACAAUCUCAAACCAUUAGGGCCCCUGAUAAUACAACUACAUCUACAGAUAAAGGUAUCAAGGAUUAUCAAAUAUGUAGGGAUUUUAACGACUAUUAUUGGAGUGGCUAUAGCGAAAGAAAAGAUAUGAUAAAACAAAUUGAACAAUAUCUUUUAUCAGUAAAGCCAACGCAAUCAAAAGAGAACUUGGACUACGAGAAACAAUUGACAAAGAAUAUAAACAUUGCAAUCAAUCAAAUUUCGGCAUCAAAAGAACAAACAGAGAGCAAGGCAAAAAGAUUAACUGAUAUACUUGGUAAUGAAAAGAGAAAUAAUGAAUAUUUUUAUAAAAGAGCUUUAAUUUCAAUUGCAAACAAGUCAAUGGACCAAGUAGAAUCUCAAAUUACAUUCCAUACAGCAUCAGCAUUCCCAUUAUCAGACGUUCUUAUUAAAGUUGGAAAACAGUUUCCAGAGCUAUUUAAAAUUAUAUUAGGAAAACUAGAGGAGCAUUGCAUGUAUACAGUCCCAAUGUACUCUACUUUAAUACAAGGUGAAGAUAAAAAUAUUAGUUUACAAAAAGCAGGCUAUUUAUUUAAUGAAGAAACUAAAAAACCAGCCGAAACUGAUGAAGAAUUCAACAAGAGAAUGUGUGGUUACAUUUCAUUAUUUACAUCAUUAAUCUUAAAAUCCGAACAACCAUCAACCGCAACUAUGUUUGGCUUUGGUUCUGCUGCUACCGCAUCAAAUGCUCCAAAUACUCUAUUCAAUUUAGAUUUAGCUCUUAAAUGGUUACAUGGAAUAGUCCAUUUAAAACCACGUCGUAUCACCUCAUAUUUGUUGGUAGCCUUCCUUUCUCAAAUGGGAAAUAUUCUUUUCAAGAAACAAAAACAAAACCUCUUUGAAAUAUUACAAAAAAUCAAAAGUGAACCAUUUGCAUCAUCAUUGGUCAAUAAAAAAGGAAUAGAGGCUUCAGUAUUCAGACUUCAAGAUUUAAUAUUUAACAAUAACUUCCCAGAACCUGAUGGUUUAAAUUACAAUUAA